AUGAAUCUAGAGGGAGUAGGGGACGAGGUAAGGUGCCGAGCCUUCCCGGUAACCCUAGCGGGACCCGCGAUCAGAUGGUUCAACGGCCUACCGCAGGGGUCCAUCCACGGGUUCUCGGACAUCAGUCGUGCAUUCCUGGCCCAAUUUACAACACGAAUAGCAAAGGCAAAGCACCCGAUCAACCUUCUGGGGGUAACCCAAAGACAGGGAGAGUCGACUAGAAAAUACCUGGAUCGGUUCAACGAUGAGUGCUUGGAAAUUGACGGCCUAACCGAUUCGGUGGCCAGCCUUUGCCUGACGAACGGCCUCCUCAACGAAAACUUUCGAAAACACCUUACCACGAAACCAGUUUGGACGAUGCACGAGAUCCAGACGGUAGCCAAAGAGUAUAUAAACGACGAGGAAGUCAGCCGAGUCGUGGCUGCCAAUAAACGGCAGUUCGGCUACAGCCAAUUUCGGCAACAGGGUAACGGAGAAAGACUGAAGGAACAAACCAGGGAGGAAGCGCCAAGCAAGACCCCCAGGUCGUUCCCCCGGGUCGGAAAAUUCGCCAACUACACCCCGCUCACUCUCCCCAUCAUGGAAGUUUAUCAACAAAUAGCCGAGAAGGGGAUCCUGCCGAAGCCCCGACCACUAAAGGACCGUACGGGAGGAAACAAGAACUUCUAUUGUGACUACCACAAGGGUUACGGUCACCAAACGCAGGACUGUUUUGACCUGAAGGAUGCAUUAGAACAAGCGAUAAGGGAAGGCAAACUAGCAGCGUUCUCUCAUCUUAUCAGAGAGCCGAGGAGACGCUAUCGCGACCAGGAUGAAGAAGGCAAAACCCGUUCGGCAAAGCGGCGACAAGAGCCAGAAGAUAGAGACCACGGCCUCACUGUGGUAAACGUGGUGACAGCCAAAAACACCGCGCCAAAAUCCAGAUCGGCGCACAAGAAAGAUGCAAAGGUCUUGGUGGUCUCCUCCUCGUUGGUGCGAAACUCUAAAAAGCCUCCAUCCAUUUCUUUCGGCCCGGAAGACCAAUGGUUCGACGACGCCCCGGAAAAUCCUCCCAUGGUCAUUACGGCCAGAGUGGGAACCGGCCUCGUCAAGCGCAUCCUUGUCGACACAGGGGCUGAUUCGAACAUCAUGUUCCACAACGUAUUUGACGCACUGGGGCUAAGGGACGCCGAUUUGACGACUCACCAACACGGGGUCAUCGGAUUGGGCGACCACUUCAUCAAACUUGACGGAGUAAUAUCCCUACCGAUCUCAGUAGGACAAACUCAAGGUUGA